AUGGCCACCGAAUCAAAAAGCACAGGAAUCUCCGUCCAAGAACUCGACGCUUCAAAUCUAGAAGCAAGACCAAGAAUAACCAACCAUGAUCCCGCCACAAUCCCCUCUGAAGACGAUAUCAUGCAACAAUCCCUCAUAGAAGACGCCCAGGUCCCCGAUGGCGGCGAAGCCUGGAUCGUUAUCUCCGGCUGCGCGGUGCUGACCUGGUGGUGUAUCGGGACUCCGUACUGCUGGGGAAUUCUGCAGGCAGCGCUGGUGAAAGAGGGGGUGUCGACAUCGUCGACGCUGGCAUUUGUCGGGUCCCUCGCGACAGCGUGUGUUGCGUUCCUGGGACUUCUGAAUGCGCAGAUUGUUCGGAAGCUUGGGACGCGGAAGUCGGCUUUUGUCGGGGUGUUCUUUUUGGGGCUUGGGGAGGUGCUGAGCGGGUUCUCGGCUAUGAAUAUUGGGGGAUUGUUUGCUACUGCGGGUGUUGUUAUGGGCUUUGGGAUUAGUCUUUGCUUUAUGGUUGUCUCUGUUACGCCGGCGCAGUAUUUCCGUGCUAAGCGCGGUAUCGCCAAUGGCAUCGUUUACGGGGUUGGUGGACUUGGCGGCGCGGUGAUUAGUUUUGUGAUGGAUGCGCUGCUCGAUCGUGUGGGUGUGCAAUGGACGUUUCGAAUCAUCGGCUUCGCGAUCUGGGCUACUGGUUUACCGGCUGCGUAUUUGAUUAAGCAGCGGGUUCCGAUUGCGCGGUCUGCCGUUGUCGAUUGGCGUUUGUUCCGCAAUAUUCGCUUCUGUCUCUUGUUUGCAGUCGGCGCAAUUGCUACAUUCCCGCUUCUAGUCCCGCCGUUCUUUUUGCCUCUCUUUACGGCUUCGCUGGGGAUGUCGUCUAGUACGGGAGCGGGUAUUGUUGCGGCGUUCAACUUUGCUUCUGCGCUGGGGAGACUAUUGUGUGGAGUUUGCAGUGAUUUCUUCGGACCGCUGAAUACGCUGUUCAUGUCUCUUCUGCUGAGCGCGCUUAGCAUGAUGAUUAUUUGGCCUAUCUCGACUUCGAUUGGGCCUUUGAUUGUUUUUGUUAUUGUCAAUGGUAUGGCGAAUGGUGGAUUCUUCUCGACUAUGCCUACCGUUGUGGGGAAUACCUUUGGUUCAGCCAGAGUGUCUGUUGUUAUGGGCAUGGUUGUGACGGGCUGGGCUGGAGGUUAUUUGCUUGGCGCCCCGAUUGCCGGGUAUAUCCUUGAUGCUGCAGGUGGAGAAAGCAAAGGCAUGACAGCAUAUCGAGCAGCGAUUUUCUAUGCUGGUGGAAUGGCCAUUCUUGCGACGCUCAUCGGGCUGGCUAUUCGGCUGAAGACCGAUAAACAUCUGCUGAAGAAGCUAUGA